UCUGGAUUUUGUUGUAGCCAUCGAACCACCUUAAAUUCUUAACGUAGUCAAGUUAAUAAUAACUCUUAUGUAAUUUGAUACAAACAUGUUUACAUAUAUUUCGAUUUAGUACGAAGAAAACGACUUGCAAUGUUGGAUCUUUUAAUAGCGGCAUCUCGUGAUGGCCUUAUGACUGAUUUAGAUAUUCAAGAAGAAGUUGAUACUUUUAUGUUGGAGGGUCAUGACACUACAGCAAUGGGCCUGUGCUUCAUUACGGCACUAUUAGCUGAGCAUAACGACAUUCAGGAUCGUGUCAGGAACGAAGUCGAUACAGCCUUACAAAAGAAUGAACAAAAGUAUACUAUAAAAUUAUUGCAAGACCUACCAUAUUUGGACAGAUGUAUAAAGGAAGCAUUGCGCUUAUAUCCCAGCGUGUAUUUUAUAUCACGAAUUCCUGCGGAAGACGUAAAAUUACAGACAUAUUUGGUACCUGCUGGAACAUUCUUGCAUCUUAACAUUUACGGAGUUCAUAGAGAUUCUAAUUUUUGGUCAAAUCCAGAAGUAUUUGAUCCUGACAGAUUUUUGCCUGAAAAAAUCCGAAAUCGUCAUCCUUAUUCGUAUUUACCAUUCAGUGGUGGACCACGUAACUGCAUCGGUCAACGAUUUGCUAUGUUGGAAAUGAAAGCGAUGAUAGCUUCUCUGAUACACAAUUUCUACUUAGAGCCCAUUGAUUAUUUAAAGAAUCUUCGGAUGCAGGUUGAUUUUGUACUUCGCCCUGCUCAACCACUUCGUGUAAAAUUUAUCCCUGUCUGUAAAACAAAUGCAAGCCUUUGAAGCGCAAAUAUCGAUUUAAUGAAAAUCAUAAAAGGCAGAGGAAAGGUUUUAUUUUCUUACAAAAUGAUUGUCAGCGUCGUAAUAAUAGCACUAUGCUCACGUGUCACAAAAUUAAAAUAUAAAUGGAAUGUAUUAUAUAUAUAAAAUAUAUGUAUCUAUAGUAGUCAGCUAGUGAUGACUUUGUAACAUUUACCAUCAUAAAACUCAAAUUAAAAUAGCGCUUAGAAUAAUCAAUGAUUCAAAAGAUAAUUUUAACAUGAAUAGAACUUUUUGUCACAUUUUGAUUUAAUAUCUAUAAAAAUAUUUGUAAAUUUUUCAAAAAAAAUUUUCAUAAGACUGAACUUAUCAAAUUAAUUCGUUUUCUUUAAUACUUAUUUUUAAAUUGUUGAAAUAAAGCAAUCCAAAUAAACGGGAAGAAAUUAUUAACUUACACAAAUAGUAAUGCUUACUGCAAAGUUGUUGAACUGGCGUCAGGCUUCUUCCUCCAUCUCUUCACAAAUGAACAGAACUUCUUCUCAUUCGCAUCACGAUGCAAAGUUAUACUAACCAUAACACAAAUCUGUAACUUAUGUAUGCGAAAAUAAAAAUAAUGUCUAAAAAUAAA